GGGGGACUCUCUCUAACUUUAGGAGUCUGUGUCAGUACGACCGCCAUCAGCCUCAGACCAGACUGACGCCGUGACCGACCACCGCCUGCUCAGAGAGGGAUCUGGCCUCACCAGCGUCAAGGAGGGAUCUUUGUUGCCAUGGCGUCGGCCAACGAGAACGGGGAGCGCGGGGAUCAGACGGUCCCUGAUGGAGAUGAGGAGGAGAGGAGCGUCAAAGGAGUCCAGUCCCGUUACCUCCGCUGCCCCUCCCCCAGUUUCUCCAUGGUCUCUGAGUCCAGGUUUUCCAUGAUCUCAGGCUCUGAUGCCGCGAGCAUCUUCAUGGAGCCGAUCCACCUCUCAUCAGCCAUCGCCGCGAAGAAGAUCAUCAACGAGGAGCUGCCGCCUCGAGGCGUGCGCACCGAGUCCGUCCCAGAGUCCAUGCUGGAAACCGCCGAGCAGCUGAUGGUGGAGGACCUCUACAACCGGGUCAGGGACAUGAUUGAUGACCGCAGCCCCUACAACACCCCCUGCGUGUUGGACAUCCAGAGGGCCAUGGUGCAGGACCGCCUGGAGGCUCCCAUCAACCCAGUGGAUGAGGUGUGGCCCAACAUCUUCAUAGCUGAGAAAUCUGUUGGAGUCAACAAGGCUCGUCUGAAGCGAAUGGGCAUCACGCACAUCCUCAACGCCGCCCACGGCACCGGGGUCUACACCGGCGAGUCCUUCUACGCCGGCAUGAACAUCCAGUACAUGGGCAUCGAGGUGGACGACUUCCCUGACGCCGACAUCUCGGUGCACUUCAGACCCACCGCCGAAUUCUUGGAUGAAGCUCUGCUGACGCACAGAGGAAAAGUUCUUGUGAUUUCUAUGAUGGGCAUCAGUCGCUCUGCUGUCCUGGUGGCGUCCUACCUGAUGAUCUUCCAAAACAUGACCAUCAUGGAGGCCCUGACUUCCAUUAGGAAAAAGCGUGCCAUCAAUCCCAACGAAGGCUUCCUGAAGCAGCUGCGAGAGCUCAACGAGAACCUGAUGGAGGAGCGUGACGAUGACGACGAAACGCUCAGCCAGUGCUCUGUAAUUGACGCUCGCGCCCGUGCUCGCAUCUUCAAUGAAGGUGGAGGCAGCGACGAUGAUACCGAUAAAGAGGAAGAGCAGAGCAUGAUCGAGGUGAAAGCUCACUCCAUCAUGAUGGAGGAGGAGGAGGAUGGAGAAAGUGUGAUGAGCAGUGUCGCCUCUUCUGCAGCCGCUGCAGCCCUCAGAAGUGGAUUGAUUGGAGUACAGAACGGGGGGUUGGACAGCCAGGGAACAACCACUGUCCAGGAAGAGAUUGUCCUACCUGAACAGGAGGGUGGGGAAGAUGAUGACGACGGUCUCGACAGUAUGAUCCUCGAGUGGCAGCGGAGAAAUGAGAAAUAUCAAAGUGACGAGUGGUGGGAGGAACAGCUUAACAGCGAUGGUGAGGAUGGGGACUCUCUCGCAGGGGACCGACCAAAGAAGACAAAGGGAGGUGCUGAUGCCGAUGUGGAGAGUGUCACCAGCGAGGACGUACGAGCUGUGAAAGAACGGCUGAAGCGUCGCAACAGACGGCCACCUUCAGACGCAAUGUCCACCUCCAGCUGCACGAGUUACUCUGAUCUUUGGAAACAGCGGCUGAGGGAAAUCGAGGAACAAGCCGCUGCUCGCUACCGCAAGAAGGAGGACGACGAAGGCAGCGAGAGCACAGCUACAGAAGGAGGAGAAGGAGGAAAGAAGAAGAUUGAUGACGAAGUGGAGAGCAUCCUCUCUGACGGCAGCUGCAUGUACAACUUUUGCCAAAAAAACAAGGAGAAGAUGUCGCCUUUGGAACGUUGGCGCAUCAAGAGGAUCCAGUUUGGCUGGAACAAGAAAGAUCGUGAGGAUGGAGAGAAAUGUUCUGUAGGAGACGGCGAGAAAGGUGACGGUGAGGGAGAAGCUAAGACACCAUCUUUCCAAGAUGUCAAUCUGACGGCAUAUCAGGCGUGGAAGCUGAGGCAGCAGAAGCGUCUUGGAGAGGAGAACGCAGACGAGAUUUUGGAGCUGAGUCGAGGUGAGGACUCUGCAACGAUCAAGAGGAGGCAAAGACGCGAGGAGAUUCUGGAGCGAUCAAAGAAAACCUUAGAAGAAAGUCAGUCCUUGUGUGGCUGGGAGACGGAGAGCUGCAUUAGUGGAGGUACAAUACCUCUCUCUGCCUUCUGGGCUGGAGCAGGGGUCACGGGCCCACCGAGUGUUGCCAACGAUGACAACAUGUCCAUGCUCAGCGGCAGGUCAUCGGUUAUAUCUUCAGUUUCACAAGCUCGCAGUUCAAGAUCCGGACAAUCUGCAGCUCCACCUAAUCCCAUGCCUCCGGUUCCCCCCAUCCUCCCAGUUCCAACUGUCCAGGGACCAGGAGGAGAACCAAUGGUCAAUCUGGCCAGCAUCCAAAACUGGAUUGCUAAUGUCGUCUCUGAAACGAUCAAACAGAAGCAGAGCGAGAUGAGCCUGCCUCCUCCGUCACGUGCAGGAUCAGAGCUUAGCUUUGGUGGUGCAGCGAGUGUGGUUUCCGGCCGGGGAGUGGAUGAUGACAAAGCGUCCUUGUUGAGCGGUGCUUCCUACUCUGGUGCUCUGUCCCAGGGUCAUGGCAGGGCAGCAUCAGUCCUCUCUGGUGGCGGAUCAAGCAGCAUCUCAGGUCUCAGUGGUAAAGGUUCAGUGCUGGGCUCCACCCUGGGCUCCACCCUGGGCUCCACAUUGGCCUCCAAGAAAAACAAGAUCACUACCACCAGUGUCCCACUCUUCAGCCUCUUCCAAGACCAGGUCAACCUGGGCAAACUGGAUGCCAUGGACAAGGAGAUCAAGUCUGAGAUGAGGGACAAAAUGGCUACCUACGAGAAGAAGAAGAUCCUGGAGGACAACAGACACAGCACACUGUACAAGAAAAAGAAACCAAAGGAGGACGAAGAUGAGGAGGAGGAGAGAAAGAAGAAAGAGGAGGAGUUUCUGGAGGAGACAAAGAAAAAGGAGAAACCUGCGAGGACCUAUGGCCUCUCUGGGUGCCUGAAUCUCAACCCAGCACUGGAGAAAGAUAAGAACACCAGUAUAGAUGACUGGCUCAAAAGUGUCAGGCCUCCUCCAAGGAAAACAACCUCCGGAGCAGAAGCUGCCCCGUCAGAGGAUCCCUACGACGAUCUUGAUGCCUCUGCUUCGGAAUUUGAUUUCUCGAGCCGCAGGGCUUCCUAUGCUGUCGACGAAGAAGAUGAAGAAGUUACAUACGGCUCCAGACACAGAUCAAGGUUACGUGAAGAUCUGUCGAGUGAAGAUUCAGAUUAUUUCUGCAAUGGUUUCACACAAUCCCACAGUUACAGCCGGGCGGGAAGGUCGUAUGGGGCUUACGACGAGAGCGACGAGGGGACGGAGAGCUACGACUUCUCCACUAAGAGGAAGUUCGGUCACCAUUCACGUUACGAAAGCAGCGAGACAGAAGGGAGGAGUAGUAGGAGGGCGCAAGCCGAUGAGGAGGAGGAUGAUGAUAUUGUUACCUUCAUCACCCAGACCAGGCAGAGGAUCAGAGCUCGGGCUGCUGCAGAGGCCGAGGACGACGAGGUACUUGCUGCUUGGAGGGCACAGCAAGAAGCAAAGUCUCACAGUCGAAGUGAAUCUUAAAAGAAAAAAAUACUGUUUGUCUGACUCAAGUUUUUGUUUCUCAAAAAGGUUUAGAAAAGGCUCAUUGUACAAAGAGUUGUGAGGUAGAUUAAAGAGUUUUGUUCAAGAAACACUCAAGUAGAAGUGUUUACAUCUGUAGGCUAUAAAAUCAGCACCUUUGCCUGUUCAUCAUGCAUCAGACUUUUUAAAGAAUGAAUGUUUAGAGCCUGUAUCAUUAAUAAUGACUAUAGAACAAUUUAACCCUAAAUUAAGGUUCUAGUUGCAACAUUGUUCAGUGUAAUUGAUCAUAAAACACAUAAUGUAUUUUCAUACAAGAUGAUGUAAAACUCCUGAAAAAAUAAAAUCCAAUCCUAUUUGUACUCAUACAUUAUUUUAUUAUUGCAAUAAAUAGUCUGAUAAAUGAA